CGCACUGCUUCUUCUUUUGUCCUCCUCCUCCUCCAUGCAAACCCUAAUGCCGGGGGUAUCUACUAACUUGUGAUCUAUUAUCUUUGGUUGUUGAUUUCCGGCAAUGUCGACAAAUUUUAAUCUCAGCUCACCACCACAUUCACCUGAUUCAGAAGCAAAUUACUCAGCCCCGCCGAUAACUGUGACCCUCACUAUCAUCCUCCUUGUUUUCUUCUUUGGAGGUAUCUUCUCCAUCUAUCUCUGCCGGUGCUUCAUGGCAUACCUAAUCAAUUCAUCAAAUUUACGGAAUUCUAGCCGUAUGCCAUCCAGCAAUGCUGUCCAACCAACUGGCGGUGGAGGAGUAGCCCCCGCCAAUGGCCUAGACCCUUCAAUCAUUGCUACGUUCCCCACAUUUGUGUAUUCCUCGGUGAAGAAUCUCAGACAGGAUAAAUGUGGUCUAGAAUGUGCUGUCUGCUUGGCGGAAUUCGAAGACGAUGAUGAGCUUCGCCUUUUAACAGUUUGUAAUCAUGUCUUCCAUCCAGACUGCAUAGACCUAUGGUUUGGAAACCAUACAACAUGCCCACUUUGCAGGAGAAGCCUCUUACCAUCGGAGAAGCCACCACCGGAUCAGAACAACAACAACGAUAUAGUUGUCACAGUUACUCCACCGGCGGCGGAGGAGAACGACCAGCAGCAGGAGAGUAGGACGACUAGAGAAGACAAUAACAGUGUGUCUACAAAGGAUGAAGAAGAGGAAGAGCAUGAGGAGAUGGUGUUGGUGGUGGUGGUGGAUAAAGGAGAUCAUAGCCAUGAUGAGGGUGCAACAACAAGUGCAAUUGCUACACAAGAUGAUCAUGGAAAUGGAGGAAGACAAGUACAUGUGGAGAAGAACAAGGCAGUCAAGAGAUUUCCUAGGUGGCACUCUACGGGACACUCACUCAUACGUGCCGAACCGGAUCCGAAUGACGAACGGUAUACGUUGAGAUUGCCGGACCAUAUAAAAGAACACAUUGUAAGAGGUCAUAAAUGGACCGGAAGUUGCACUACAUUUGGAGAAUUAUCCAACAAUGCCGGCAAGGGUUCCCGGAAAGGCGGCUUGGCUGAAUUAUCAGGGUUUUCCGGUGGUGAUGUAACUAGAGUGUAGAUUUUACCUUUCCUCUUUUUAACAUUUUAGUAUCUUUCAAGUGACGGUUUGAUGAUUCAUUGACUACU